AUGAGAAAUUUUCUUCUUCUCCCCGUUUUUGCUUCUGCCGCGAUUUUACAAGAGACUUGCACCAAUUCCACCAAGAAACAGAGCGAUUCGGAACCUUAUAGUUUUAAUUUUUUGAUCCUCCUCAACAAAUUGCCGAACUCCUUCAUAAUCUCCCACGAUGGGUUGACUCAAACAUACCCAACAAUUACUGGGCCCUCUAACUCGGCGAAAGAAGUUGCAUUUGCCGUGAUCAAAAACGAGCUGUACAUUUUUGGUGGCAGGGAAGAUAACGGAGCCGGUACUAAUAAAAUUGUCAAGCUUGUCGACUGCUCCUUUGAAGAAUUGUCGGUUCGAUCGAAUUAUUAUUAUGCCGAAGGUUCUGCAGCGUUGACGAUUCAAAACGGCGAAAAAGCCUUGAUUUGCUUUGGCCUUGCCAAUCAUAGUAACAAAUGCGAAGAGUUUGACACAAUUCAAGCGACUAUAACACACUCAUCGCAGUUUGGCCAUCGUUAUGGCCAUCUUGGAUACUACAACGGAAAGCCAACAACGGUCAGUGGUGAUGGAAGCGAAGUCAUUGCUUUUCACAAAGUAGAAAGUCUCUCAGAAAACGGAUGGUUGUCAUUAGCGGAUCAUCCUCCAAUGUCAGUGUGCCACACUUUGACCGGUUUGGAAAGCGGUGCAAUGAUCUUAACCGGUGGGUAUUACUACACGGAUGAUUUUAUAUCUAGAGACUCGAGAGAUAUCUGGCUAUUAAAAGAUAAUGAAUGGACAAUCAUUGGAAAAACCAAAGAGAGAUGUUCUUAUUGCUCAUCAAUAAGAAAUGGACAAUUUGUCUAUAUUGUGUCCGGAAGUGACAAAGAUUUUUCGGGAGGGUAUCCAAUUGAGCGAAUCGAAAUCAAUGACGAUGUGUUCGUUAGCUCAGAAGUCAUCGGUCACCAUUCUACCUACAGCUUAAACCCGGUUCUUUACGCGACAGACUCCGAUUUUUGCGUUCUUGAGCCAACUACUGACCCAGUUACCAUCAAAACUACGAGUGCAACAAUACUUGAAUCAACAACUGACGAACCAAUCACGAUGACAAUUGACACCACAACAAGUUCAAGCUCAAAAACAAGAAGCAAGUUCUUGCUGUCAACCAUCGCUUUUAUCUUUUCUUUCUUCUGA